AUGCUCCUCACACUCCAACACCAUCCGAAGCCCCCAGAGAGCAGCAAUUCUUAUCAAAUUUUCAACCCGGAAACUUUUGGAGAAGAUUGGAUAGGCUGGGACAACCGCAUCGAUACGCGCCUAUCUCCAACCUGGGACUUCUUCCCCGAGACGAAAAGCAAACUGGUGACCCCAAACAUGCGGAAUAUGGACAUGCAAGGCGGCGAUAAUUGUAUCAAUCCAGCAAACCUCGAGGAUUCAUCAGCCGUGUUUGGGGAAGACCCUCUUACGGACCAGCCACUCUUCCAAACUCCUACCUCUCUCAUUUCGCCUCCCAUCGACUUCCCAGAAGAGUGCUUAUAUUCGACGCCUCUGUCCUGGUCACGGCCAAGUCCCGGAGGCAGACGUAUGAAUUCAUACAACAGAAACGAGACAAUCAUCCAGUCCCAAGAAAACAGGCUGAGAGACAUGGCUAUGCCAUCUACAUACCCGCGGUCGCCUUCCGCGUCAUCCUCGGACGAACCGCAUGCCAACCAACGGAAGCGGAAGAGCUUCGCCGACGACGACGACGAUGAGGAGUAUGGCUCGCCGGAGCAUUCAGGCAACGGACGGCACCCACCGGUGAAGAAAACCGCGCACAACAUGAUUGAGAAGCGCUACCGCACGAACCUGAGCGAUAAGAUCGCCGCACUGCGGGACUCAGUGCCGAGCCUGAGGGCGAUGACGAAGAAGAACUCGCGGGGCGAGGACAUCAUACGUGAGGAUCUCCAGGGUUUGACGCCUGCACAUAAGUUGAACAAGGCAACUGUCCUCAGUAAAGCCACAGAAUACAUCGCGCACCUCGAGAAGCGGAACAAAACGUUGUCAAAAGAAAACGCAGCUCUCAAAUCACGCAUCGAUGCCUUCGAGGCCCUGAUGAUGGCCCGCCAAGCUCCCAAUGCGAAGCCGAAUCCCCGUAUGAGAGUUCAUGGUCCUCCCAACAGGCUCAAUUAG